CGGAAGACCUCGAUGGACCAUCGUUACACGCCGGAGAGACUCGAUUCGCCGCUGUAAACCGUGGUAGCCGAUCAGACGCGAUGCGGACGUCGGUCAUGUAAACGCGGCGUCGAUUCGCGCGGUACGUGUCGGUUUACGUGCUCGUUCAUCAAAGACUACGAUAAUGAGACCCAGUGCUGUUCUUCUGUUGCUCUUCCUGUGCGCCCUGUUCCUCGCCUCCGAGUCGAAGCUGCGGCAACAGGCAGCGGAGGACGACGACGACGACGACGACGAUGACUUCGACGACGACGACGAGGACGACGACUCGUCCUAUCAGACCAGACCGGAGGUGGACGACGACGGACGUAUCUACAAGAACCCGCGCAACUCGCCGUCGGCGAUGUGCCCGCGCGACGAGAAACAAGCGGAGCUCCUCGGCCAGGAGUGUUUGAGAAAGUGCUCCACCGACGAGGAUUGCAAAAGCAAGAAGAAAAAAUGCAGAUGCGACGGUGCUUGCGGAAUGUCUUGUAUCAAACCAGAAAAGGAAUGCCCGACUCUCACCGAGAUACCGCACGGCGUGAUGACAGUCACCGGGGGAUUCUUCGGCGAUCGGGCCCAUUACACCUGCGAUCCCGAUUACUUUAUCGUCGGUCUCAGCGAGAGAACGUGCAGGGCUGACGGUAACUGGACCGGCGCGACGCCUUCCUGCAAAAAGGACCCCAUGUCAUUUUGCUCGCAGCCGCCAAAAGUGAUAAACGCGCAGCAUAACGCUCUUGCCGAGCAGAAGACCUUCGACCUGGACACUGCCGUACAGUACUUCUGCAACCACGGCUACGUCACCACCGGAGUUACAAAAGCCAAGUGCUUGUUGUUGGAGGGUGCUCCUGCUACCUGGUUUGGGCCCAACAUCACCUGCAAGCCCCAAAGUUGCGGGUCCCCGGUCGACAUCGCCAACGGUUGGCACGCCGGCGAGUGUUACACGUACGACUGCCGCGUGUCGUACCACUGCGCGGACGGAUACGAAUUAGUUGGCAAAGCCGAGAAGCUCUGUUUGGCGGACGGCACAUGGACCCCGAAAGAGUCGCCGCAAUGCGUUCAAGUCACCACAGUGGAAUGCCCUAAGCCGGAUAAUCCAGUAAAAGGGAAGGCGGUGUACACCUCGUACGCGUAUAAUUCCAUCGUGCAUUACGAGUGCGAUUAUGGGUACACGGUGGUCGGCGCGGGUACCAGACGGUGCGGCGCUGACAGAAAAUGGACUGGAAAGAUGCCCACUUGCCAGGAAAUUAAUUGCCGUGAACCUGGUGUUCUGUAUAACGGCUGGAUUGAGAAUAGCGAGGGGGGCACCGGGCUGGGGGUCAGCAUCAUUUUCCGGUGCAACGUUCACAUGAAACUCGAGGGGAACAGUUCGUCUAUCUGCCAGGCUGAUGGGAAAUGGAGCUACCCGUUGCCGCAGUGUCUCGCGCCGUGCGUGGUACCGCAAAUAGAAUACGGGAACAUAACCGUGGCCAGCGACGACAAAGACCACAUCAACAACGUGACCGUGGUGGAGCACGGCGAACGGUUGCUCGUCAAUUGCGUGCAGAAUUACGAAUUUGCGGCGAACAGCACCCCGGUGAAGUGCAACAACGGUACCUGGUCGAUAGUGCCUAGUUGUUCGCCGGCCAGAUGCAAGCAGAUGCCGAAGGUGCCGAAAAACGGCAUGGUGAUCGCGCCUAAAACCGAUCACGGAAUGAAGGCUGUCUUCAAGUGCAAAGAUGGCUUCGCUCUAAUCGGGGGUGGCCCGAUGAACGCCUCGAAAUCGGUCGAGUGUCGGUACGGGAACUGGACCGGAGACAUACCGCGAUGCAUCCAGGUCUUCUGCCCGUUCCCCGGCUUCAUCGAGAACGGAAAGGUCUUUCUCGUCGGCAACAUGGGGGUUUACGACUACAGGCCCUACGUUAAGAAGGUCGUGAACAACAAACAGAUCAUGUACGACUGCGACAAGGGUUACGUGUUGGAUGAAGGCCCUACCGGGGCCACUUGCAUCGGCGGAAACUGGAGCCCCAAGGCGUUGCCCAAGUGCAUUCCUGGACAGCACCCUAGGCUACGCUGGAGCAGACGCAGGAGGUCUACCAACGACGAGGAUCUGACUCUGAGUUAUCGGAAAUUCAUCGAGUUCUUCCGGAAGAUCGACAAGAAGCUGCUGCAUCUGGAGAUGAACAAGGGCAAGGAGCACGGGAAACACAAGAUCGAGGCGAAGAGCUCGAACGCGAGUCGUCACGACAUCAACGCGACCGCGGAUCCGUUGUCGUGGAAGAAGCACCCCGGCCAUGGGAACCGAUCGCGUCUCCGCGAGGAGAAGAUGAUCGAUUUCCUGAAGAUCGUUUACCGGAAGCUGCAGCGCAUCGAUGCGAGACAGUCGAACAACCUGACGAACGGCAGCAUGCACGAUCUUUUGAAUGCAAUGAGCAAGAACUUCUUCCACGUGGAUCUGUCGGAGUCCCGUAGGAACGGUUCCGGCAGGGGACGAUCAGAGUUCGAGAUAAGAAACCAGAGGGAGUUCGUAAAAUUGAAACGCGAAUUCGAACGUAUCAUGAGGUUCUACAAUAAAUCGAUGCGCUGGAAGGAGAAGCAGAAUCGCAAGGACUCGAAGAAGAAGAACGGCCCGUUGCACGUUGACAAGUCCAAGAAGUCCAAAGAGAAGAAGAAGCACAGGAAGAACUACUACAAAGGGUUCUACGAGUUCCUCAAUUGUUACGUGACGGAGAAGCUGUCCAUGCUGGAGGCGCGUAACGCGACCGAAGAGCUGAUCAAAAAGAUGAAGAUUGACAAGUUUACCGUGAGAAACGGCACCAUGUUCACCGUGGGCGAGAUGUACGUUUUCUUCAAACAUAUCAUUGAAGCUAAAUUGAACGGCACGGAAGAGACGACCGCGACCGAGGCAUCGACGGCCGCGUCGUCGCUGACGACUAUCGCCGCUACAGAGACGUCGCCGAUCGCGUCGACGACCAGCGCCGCUACCACGACUCUGCCGACGCCGAGGGAGAUCGAAUCGCGCGAUAAUCGAUCCUCGACGAUGCCCGGUAACGAGUCCUCGGUGCUGGACAACGAGAUACUUGCCAAAGAAGGAGCACCAAAGCACCGCAGCAAGCGAAUACGAAACGCCUCCGAGGACACCGAGCCUCCGCGUCAGAAGAGAAGGCUGCUGUCCCUGAACGAUCCGCGGAACAACGUCGGAUCGUCGACGAGAAGCACGCAGAAGAUCACCAAGCGAUCGAGGGUCUACGAUGAUGAGAAGAACAGCCAGUUCACGUUCAACGAGCUGGAGGCGCAGCAACAGAGUCGCUCGAAGCGAUUCCUGCCGCUGCCGGAGCUGGAUAAUCAAAUAUUUCUAAAGAACUUGUAUCUGCACGCGUACGAGGACGAGUACCGGACGAACGUGAAACGCACGAUCGUCCAGGGGAAUCCCACGAACGGGCCGACCGUCUACAGGAGGCGCAAGGGUAACCUCGGUGCGUACGAGAUCAAGUGAACGGGGAAAUGUAAUUGUGUUGUGAUAUUAACGGAAUUUAUUAAGUCAUUUACCGAUAUCAAUCGAUUUUAGGCCGAGUAUACAUCAUAUACGAUAGUCAUAAUCGUUGUCCCUCGUCGAUGCGCAUUGUAAAACGUGUAUCGCGCUUUUUUGAUGAAUAAAUCUUUUCCAUGCAAGUCUCUCUCGGUGUACCCGAUUUAACGGGCGUCAUUAUUCGACAGUUUCGCCGCGAUGUGAGCCGAUAGCGCGUGCCCCUAUCAACGGGACACGUUGUCCCUUCGUUGUCGUUGAUCGUUGCGCGAUAAUCGGUGUGUCCGUUCCCUCCAAGCGAAGGGAAUUAGAGCGUUCGCCUUUUGCAGUUGUAAUCGUUCGUGAAAAAUUCCUACGAACCCCACGAGUUCUCCUUAAAGGGUUGUUCCGGUUAUCCGUAACCACCCCCCAAUUUUUCCUCGAAUUUUCAACUACCUUCGUUUACUCGUUCAAAGUAACUUGUAAAAAUCAAAAUUGAAAAGAAAUUUCCUUUUACGAAGAUGCGUUAUUGGGUUCGCCAAAAAGUAAUAAUCUUUUUUUCUGAUUCGCGAAUUAACACGUUUUCAAAGAACGAAAUGAAUGUCUAAUGUUAUCCCGAUUCUGGACGCUUUCCUUUGGUGGAAUCGUUUCAUUUAUCUACUCAACGACGGUACAGGUCAUGCUAUUGGGAGAAAUGUAAUUACUUUUUGGCCAGCCCAAAAUAUGUGGAAUGAGAAUACAGGGGUAGGUUUUUCAAUGCAAUUCCAUUUCUUAAAUAGUAAAUAAUUCCAAUGUUUUCCCCAAGAGGGUUGAUCUAUGAUUCAAUGCUGAUCCUUCAACCCAAUCUUAUAUUUUAUAAAAAAGGGGGGAAGACGCGAAGGAAAAAUCAAAGUUUAGUAACUCUUAUCGUUCGAGCUUACCUUCGAAAAGGUACCCAAAUCGCUGCUACUGGAAACCCCAAGUUUUUAAA